AUGCAUAUCAGCAGAAUUCUCGUUUAUCCCAUCAAGUCUGUUCGACCAUACGAGCCUUCUUCGGCCGAAGUGGCAAGAUAUGGGUUUACUUAUGAUCGUCGAUUCAUGAUUCUCCAAGUGCAGCCAGACGGCUCACUCAAGAACAUGCAUGUCGCAUACUAUCCCGAGCUCACUCUCUUGUUCGCCGAUAUCAGGUUUCCCCAAAACCAAGACGCUGCAAAUGCGUCAAUCCAUCUAACUUGGCGACCACCCCAAGGCGAGUCAAAGGACUUGGAUAUCCCUCUUGUCCCCGAUACGACCUCAUUAGAGAAAAUCCAUGUGACUAUGCAUUCUAGUCCUACGGAUGCAUACAAAAUGGAUGACCAGUACAACAAAUGGCUGUCCACAUGUUUAGGCUACGAUGUUGUGCUGGCGUAUCUCGGUGAGAAUGAGCGUCCGGUGCUCAUGUCGACACAUCAGAAGAACAACCAACCCCAAGCCCAGCAGGGAGGCUGGCUAUCUUCUAUCACAAGCAAGUUACCUACUUCGCUAGGCACAAUCAUCUCAGGCGAACCACAAGCGGAUGACAAAAUCACAUUUGCAGACUGUGCUCCGUUCCUCGUUGUGAACGAAACUUCUCUUCACGAUGUCAGCAAACGUCUCNNCCCUGAUGGCGAAGAAAUGGAUAUCUCGAAGUUCAGACCAAACAUCAUCGUCAGCGGAGCCGAGUCAUCAUGGGAAGAAGACUAUUGGUCAGAGUUGCAGACGUCCAGCAAUGUGAAGCUGCACCUGGUACAAAACUGUGUCAGAUGCGAAGCAGCGAACAUCAUCAUGUGCCUCUACGUAUUUCGGUUCGACAACCCACAGCUUUCUGCAACUCACAGAUACUUGCCUGAAGACACGCUUCAAGAGAUUUCUAAGCUGUAUCUCUCCCUCGGUUUCAAACUCCACCCACGCAUCAUGUCCGAACGAAAGGUCAUCUCCAAAUACUACCCACCUGACUUCGACCCCAGCAAACUCAGGCGACAGCGAAAGUCACAAAGCACUGCAUCGAAGCUCGAAACCGUCCGCCUCUCAAGUCCCUUUUCGAUGCGCUGCAACAGGUGUGGCGAGUUCGUCUACAAAGGUCGCAAGUUCAAUGCGCGCAAGCAGAUAAUCGAUGAACACUACCUGAACAUACCUGUUGUCAGAUUUUUUAUUCGCUACAUGGCCGUAGCUGAUGGCCUAGACGAAAUCAGAAUUCGGAAUGCGCGACGCGAGAUCAGAAUACGAAACAACACAGCUAGGAACGCUCAAACGACACUGGAAGACGAUGACCAAGACGGAGAAGCUAUAAGGAGAGUCUUUGAUAAUGAGGCCGGUGAACUUGUGCGACGACUGCCUGAUGAGGAGGUUGGCGCGAAAGAACAUACAACAGAUCCCACUCCAGGAUUUCAACGAUUCAAGAGAAGGAAGAAGAAUCAUAGUACUAUGCUGGGGACCAAACGCAACAAGAUUACAUGA